AUGACCGUCGCCGCAGUCGCACCCUGGCGACAUAGGAAGUUUGUCCGGCUGGCCGCGACCGUCCUGCUCCUCACCGCAACCGGGUAUUCAUACUACUACACUGCUUCAAGCGUCUUUGCAAGAAGGACUUCGGCGGUCGCAACGGCAGCGAUACCGGUGCUCACCGUCCCGGAGAAGUUGCAGCGAGCUCCAUCGGCACACGCUUCUGCAUCGAACCCCAGACACGCUGCCCCCGGUCCACCACCAGCAGUGCUCACUGUUCCCACUGUUCCCAAGAAAUUGGACCGAACUCCCAGCGGUCCGCCACCAGCAGUUCUCACUGUUCCCACUGUUCCCCAGAACUUGGAUCGAGCUCCCACCGCAACUGCAUCGAGUCUGAAGGCCGUCGCCCCUUCGUCAAAAAUUAACCCCUCGGCGCUUUCCCGGACCCGCGUCGUCCCCGCAGAGGGUCGUAAAGUGGAACGGCGGCCGUACCUGGACCUACCGGAUGAGUACAAGUCGAAGGACGACGAGCUCUGCCAGUCGUUCUUCACAGACGACUACGUGUACAACAUCGCAAACAGUUCGGAAACGCUAUGUGACGGCGGCUCUCGGGUGCACGGAUUCGCCGUCCAGACGCACCCGCACCAUAGGAAACUCACUGGCGCCACGCCCGUCUAUCUGCUGCAGGGCGUGACCUUCAACCAGACCGAGCGCAAGUUCCACGCACAAUGCACUGGUCCCCAGGUGAAGCGGCCUGUCAUUUAUGGGACCCCUAUUCCGGAAGUCAGCUACGGAGCCAUGUUGGAGGGCAAUAGCACGCUCCGGUGUGACAAAAAUACCAGCAAGAGGCAGCUGAUCAUCUAUCCGGCGCUGAAGGAGCAUAAUGACAAUGUAUGGCAUAGGCUGAUGGAGCUUUGGCAGAACAAGCUGUCAUACGACGCGAUGCGCAUCGCCAUCGAUCCCGCUACGGGAAAUCCGCUCUUGACGGAGGAGCAAAUCAAAAAGGCGCUGGUGGUUUUCCCCGACAAUCGCAAAGGGCCAUGGGAUGCGGAAUGGAAGAUGCUGACCGGCCGAACGCCCUUGCGCUACUCCCAGCUCUCGCCAGACACCUGUUACGACGUGGUCAUCGGGACAGUCGGCUGGGCCAGCCCGUUCUGGUCGGCCCUGCUCAGCGCCACGUACGAGACGUGCCGGCGCGAGACGCUGCUGUCGACAUUCGUGCGCUGGAUCUUCAAGUUCUACGGAUUGAAGGAGCGCUCAGCGGCCGACAUCCAUCGCCAGCCGACGAUCACAGUGAUUCAGCGGGCCAAGACGCGCAAGUUCCGCCACAUCGACCAACUGGUCGAAUCGAUACGUGCGCAGCACCCGGGGUUUCAGGUCAACGUUGUCGACUUGGGCACCAUGUCCAAGAAGGAACAGGUCCGGCUCAUCCACGCUUCGGACGUGCUGGUCGGCCACCACGGCGCCGGCAUGAGCUUCACGAUGGUGAUGCGGCCAGACUCGGCGGUCGUGGAGAUCCUUCCACCCGUGUUCGGGUCCCGAGGGUUCCGCCGGAUGUCCCGCAUGCGCGGCCUCGUGCACUUCAUUGGGAAAGCGAUGUGGAAGGAGGAGUAUGAGAAAAAAUACCGUGGGAAACCCGUCCCGAAAGGCUGGCGUCCCGCAAAGCAAGGCGACGGCGACGCACGGGGCUGGCAGAACGAGGAGUGGAUCUGGAUCCCGCACGAAGAAGUCCUGGGGCUGGUGGAUGCUGCCGUUAAGAGCCAGCUGAACGGGAUAAACGACGGAUAG